GGCCUCUGGUUUCUCUCGCAAGCCUGAGAAUGAAGAUUCUUCCUUUGUAUUCCUGGUGUUGUACAUACCCUGAAAACGGAUACAACAUCACCUCCUGAAUCAAGGUCCGGAAGUCCACUGCCAACUCGUUUGCAGCGGCGAAUGCAAAUCACAUCGUCAGAAUCAUUAAGGUCCAGGUCAAGAAACCCCAUUGUUCGACAUAAUAAUCCACCUAGAUACAAUCGUAUCAGUCAUGAUAAAAUUAGCGUUUUAAUAAAAUGUUAUAAAGAUGGUAGAACGGUGAAUGAGUCAGCCGAAAUAUCUGGGAUUAAUAGAAAUACGGCAAAGUCCAUUAUUAAGCAAUAUAACAAAAAUGGUGGUGUAUUGCUAGAAAAAAAACGCGGUGGUAAAAGGACUAUGAAAUUAAAUGCAUCGCUGGUAAACAAUAUUGAGCAAAUAAUUGAGGAAAAUCCGUGCAUAACUUUAAAGGGAAUUCGUGAUAAGAUCCUCGAAUCUGAACAUGUGGAAUUAAGCAUAAGUUCCAUUAGGAAUGGACUGAAACAAUUACGGAUCACAUUAAAGUGUGCAUCACUACAAGCUGAUGAACAUCGAAACUCAGAGAGAACAAUUGAGAUGCGCAAACUGUACGCAUUGAAUUUUUCUCAAUAUGCCCCUAAAGCAAGACAAAAUAUAAUAUUCAUUGAUGAAUCGGGAUUUAAUUGUCAUCUUCGAGGAACGAAGACACGAUCAAAAGUUAAUACACCAGCUUGUGUGACCAUGCCAAUGGUUAGAGAACGAUAUGUUUCUCUAAUUGUAGCAAUAAACAUUCAGGGAAUAGUGUGGCAUGAAGUAAUUGCACAUUCUACGGUUACUUCAAAUAUUUUUUGUGAAUUUCUUCAAAGAUUAUUGCAGAAAUUGGAUGAAGAUAAUCUGGAGGAAGUGAGGUUUAUCUUGGACAAUGUAAGCCUCCACAAAACCCAGGAAAUAUGUGAUCUUGUUGGUCAGACAAGACAUACUUUAUUAUUUCUACCACCAUAUUCUCCAAUGAUGAACCCCACUGAAGAAGUUUUUUCAAAAAUUAAGUUCUGCGCGAGAAAUAUUUUGGCUGAUCCGUCAAACCAUGAACAUUUAGUAGAUGUUAUUAAUCAUUCCGUUGCAACUAUUACUCCUACAGAUUGUCAUACAUAUUUUAUGAAUAUGUAUAUGAAAUUACCACGAGCAGUGGCAGGAGAACCAUUAUAAAUGAAGCUAUAAGGAAAUAAGUAUUUCUGAUGUUAAAUAAGUAUUUUAUGUUUAUUA